UCCCCUUUAACGGCGCGGCUCGCGCUCCGCGGCCCCCGCGGCGGCUGCUGCUGCGGCUGCUACUGCGGCGCCCGCUGCUGCCGCCGCCGCCGCCGCCCGGCCUCGGCAGCUGCAUCCCCGCCCGGCCCCGCCAUGGUGUCCUGGAUCAUCUCCCGCCUGGUGGUGCUCGUCUUUGGCACCCUCUACCCAGCCUAUUCUUCCUACAAGGCCGUGAAGACCAAAAACGUGAAGGAAUAUGUGAAAUGGAUGAUGUACUGGAUUGUCUUCGCCUUCUUCACCACGGCCGAGACCCUCACAGACAUCGUGCUCUCCUGGUUCCCCUUCUACUUCGAACUGAAGAUCGCCUUUGUGAUCUGGCUGCUGUCGCCCUACACCAAGGGCUCCAGCGUGCUCUACCGCAAGUUCGUGCAUCCGACUCUGUCCAACAAGGAGAAGGAGAUUGACGAGUACAUCACCCAGGCCCGAGACCGGAGCUACGAGACCAUGAUGAGAGUGGGCAAGAGGGGCCUGAACCUGGCGGCCAAUGCCGCGGUCACUGCUGCAGCCAAGGGCCAGGGGGUGCUUUCAGAGAAGCUGCGGAGCUUCAGCAUGCAAGACCUGACCCUGCUCCGGGAUGAGGAUGCACUGACCCUGCAGGGGCCUGACGGCCGCCUCCGCCCCAGCAGCCUCCUGGACCCCAUCGAGGACCGGGGAGACAACCCUGCGCUGAGCAUCAGGACCAGCACAAGCCUAGCCGAUCCCCGUGUGGAGGCCUCCGAGGAGGACCCAGGAGACAAGGUCCCGAAGAAGGUCAAAUCCACGAAAAAAGUGCCCAAAGCCGAGCCACUGGCCUCCAAGACACUGAAAGCUCGGCCCAAAAAGAAGACCUCUGGCGGGGGGGACUCAGCUUGAGGCCCCUCCAGGCUACAGGGCGAGGAGAAUUCUCCAGAAGGGUCUCAGCCCCUGCCCAGACUGUGCCCAGAGCCCUCCUUUCUCCCCAGGACCCUCACGGGGCUGCCUCAAGCCCACCUGUGACCUCUGGAAGGGCUUGGGAAAGGGGGCGCCCUACUGUGGGGGGGCCCCAGGGCCGAGGCUGGAGGAGGUGGAGGG